AUGAGAGUACUUGUUGGCGUUAAGAAUGUUAUUGAUUAUGCAGUAAAAAUUCGUGUUAAGCCAGAUAAAAGUGGAGUCGUUAAGGAUAAUGUACCUCAUAUCAUGAACCCAUUUUGUGAUAUUGCUCUUGAAGAGGCUGUUAAAUUAAAGGAAGCUAAGAAAGUAAAAGAGAUCACUGUUAUGUCACUUGGAACUGACAAAUCUAGUACCAUUUUAAGAACAGCAAUGGCUAAAGGUGCUGAUAAAGGUAUCCUAGUACAAGUUGAUCAAGCCACAAAUGAAAAAUUGGAACCAAUUCAUGUUGCAAAAGCUCUUGCAGCCAUUGUUAAGAGAGAUAAGUAUGAUUGUGUUAUUCUUGGAAAACAGGCAAUCGAUGAUGAUUGUAAUCAGACAGGUCAAUUACUUGCUGGAAUGCUCAACUGGUCACAAGCUAAUUUUGCCAACAAAGUUGAAGCUAAAGAAGGAUCAAUGGAUGUUAUUUGUGAAAUUGAUGGUGGUCUUCAAACUGUAAAUGUUAAAAUGCCUGCUGUAAUUACUGCUGAUCUUAGAUUAAAUACCCCAAGAUAUGCUACUCUUCCUAAUAUUAUGAAGGCUAAGAAAAAACCAUUAGAGACUGUCAAGCCAUCUGACUUAGGUAUUUCAAUUGAAAAUCAAACUGAAAUUCUUGAAGUAAAUGAACCACCAACAAGAUCAGGUGGAGAGAUAGUUCCAGAUGUCAAAACAUUAGUUGAAAAACUUAGGGAAAAAGGUCUUAUUGAAUAA